CAAGUUGCUCUCUCUUACUGCUCAAUCACCACUCUUAUCUCUCUCUGGGAAUCAAAAAUCGGCAAUCGGAGAAUCUCGUCGGAAAAUUCAAACAUGCCCGGCGUCAGAGGUCCUUCAGAUUACUCGCGGGAGCCGCCUCGACAUCCGAGCCUCAAAAUCAAUGCCAAGGAGCCUUUCAACGCUGAGCCGCCGCGCUCGGCUCUCGGAGCCGCUUACGUCACUCCGGUGGAUUUGUUCUACAAGAGAAACCACGGUCCUAUUCCAGUAGUCGAUGACAUCCACAGCUACUCUGUUUCGAUUACCGGAUUGAUCGAAAAUCCGAAGCAGCUGUUUCUCAAGGAUAUCAAGGCGCUCCCCAAGUAUAAUGUCACUGCCACAUUGCAGUGUGCAGGUAAUAGAAGGACAGCUAUGAGCCAAACUAGGACUGUCAAGGGAGUAGGGUGGGAUGUUUCUGCUAUAGGAAAUGCUGUAUGGGGUGGUGCGAAAUUGGCUGAUGUACUUGAACUUGUGGGAGUACGAAAAUUUACGGGCGUAACUAAAUAUGGCGGAAAACAUGUUGAGUUUGUCAGCGUUGAUAGGUGUAAGGAGGAAAAUGGAGGCCCGUACAAAGCAUCAAUUCCACUGGUUCAAGCCACUAGCCCAGAAGCAGAUGUUUUGCUUGCUUAUGAGAUGAAUGGAGAGACCCUAAACAGAGAUCAUGGGUAUCCAUUGCGUGUGGUUGUACCUGGUGUCAUUGGUGCCCGUUCUGUUAAAUGGCUUGAUUCUAUUAAUGUUAUUGCAGAAGAAUGUCAGGGCUUCUUUAUGCAAAAAGACUAUAAAAUGUUUCCACCGUCGGUAAACUGGGAUAACAUUAAUUGGUCCAGCAGGAGGCCACAAAUGGAUUUUCCGGUCCAGUGUGUAAUUUGUUCUUUGGAGGAUGUGAAUGCGUUAAAGCCUGGAAAGGUGAAAGUUAGUGGGUAUGCAGCAUCAGGAGGUGGUCGUGGCGUUGAGAGAGUUGAUGUGUCUGUUGAUGGUGGCAAUACCUGGGUUGAAGCAUCUAGACAUCAGAAAACUGGCAUUCCAUAUAUUGCCGAGGCCACAUGCAGUGAUAAAUGGGCAUGGGUACUUUUUGAGGCCAUGGUUGAUAUCCAUCAGAGCACCCAAAUUGUUGCAAAAGCAGUGGAUUCAGCAGCAAAUGUACAACCUGAAAAAGUGGAGGACAUUUGGAACUUGAGAGGGAUACUGAACACCUCAUGGCACAGAGUACAAGUUCGAGUUGGACACUCAAAUUUGUAGACCAAAACAACACGAGAGACUAAGAAAAAUGAUGCGUAAAGUACCUGAAAGUUGUAAUCUGUUUGGAUAACAUUGACCAGGUUCUCCUACAUUUUCCAUGUGUAAGAUAUAAAAUGUUUAUUGUUUGUUUGCUACCUAUGUUAAGACUUCUGAGACGGUUGUUGAAGAGUAUUUGGUCGAAUAUUUAGUUGGUAGUUGUGUUUAAGUCGU